AUGGAUCUUAAUAUUGGGAUUGCCUUGUGGUUGGCAGCUGGUGGUGAUGGGUGUGUGAGUGAAGAAAUAAAUCGAAAUAAGAAUUCAAAGGUUAUUGUUUCUCUUGAUGAUACAAUCAUUCUACAUGGUGGUGGUGAUAAGAAGAAAAUUGAAGAAAGAUGUGAGGAAUUAAGGUCAACCAUUGAGAACAGUUCUGCCAUGUUUGACAAAGAGAAAGCACAACAGAGAUUAUCAAAGUUGUUAGGAGGUGUUAUAGUCUGUAAGGUAAGGUCAUUCGGAAGAGAAAAGCUUCAAAUGUCAGUGUUUGGCAACCAGGUUCUUUCUUAUCAAAGCAGUGGCAUCCUUCCUAUCAACAUGUUUCUGGAGCAUGAUCAGGCUGCUUGUUAG